AUUUGGAUCUGUCUUAAAUCUGACUUUGCAUCUCUCUUCUUUUGUGAAUUUCCUUGCAAGCAUUCACUUUUCUUUAUCUUUUUCUUUUAGGUACUUGUUUCUCACUCAGAAAAUGGAACUCGAACUUGGUGUGUUGAUACUGGAUUUGAAACACGUUAGUAGCACCAUCCAACAAAAUCUGUAAGCUAAAGGGCUCUUCCAUGGCACAUAAUCCCUUCAACAUUCUUUUCGACCAGCAGAAGUUAGCAGGGGAGGACUUUGGCUCUUCCAUGGGACAUAAUCUCCUCAACAUUCAUCUCGACCAGCAGAAGUUAGAAGACGAGGACUUUGGCUCUUCCACGGGACAUAAUCUCCUCAACCUUCAUUUCGACCAGCAGGAGUUAGCAGGGGAGGACUGGGCACUUCAAGCUACUAUUGCCGAGAGUCUAGCCACUAAAGAUGGCAAGGGCUUUUCUAAUCUCCUCAACGUUCAUCUGGACCAGCAGGUUGUAGCAGAGGAGGACUUGGUACUUCAAGCUAUUGCCGAGAGUCUAGCUGCUAAAGAUGGCAAGGAUUCGCCAACUCCUUCCCUUCCAGAGGUGACCCCUUCCAUUUCAACUACAACCUCUUUCAUGGUGAAAGGAAGGGCACUUCCAGCUUUAGAAAAUCUUUACAAGGCGAUCAAUGCCUCCAAGUCCUCUACCACUUCUACCUCUAGUGCGAGUGUGCCAGUGAUUCCAUGUCAUUCUGAAGAUGAUGCAGUAAAGGUCGCCAAAGAGCAGUUGUUGCUGUACCUUUCUAAAGAUGUUGAAGAGGUAUUGACCUUUCACCAUAAAUUGACCCUCAUUUUAACUACUCUCAAGAAGUGUCCAGAUUUUUCUGAGGGCAUCAGGGCAUCAUUGAACAAACUACAGCACCAUCUCCAAUCCAUUGCUACCAAUGUCAGAUCUUGCACCUCUUCCAUUGUUGAGUAUGAUGAGAAAGUUGAAAUUAGUAAGAAAGCCUUUGAAGAUUUUCAACUAAGUCUGGAUCCUUAUCCAGAGAUCAGAGAACAGGCUGACAAGUUAGCUACUCAGCGAGAGGCGUUGACAACUGAACUGAAUAGGAUUCAAAAGGAACUGGAGCAGGUUGAACAAGAAGAAGUUGAACUGGAAAAGGUAGCAAAUGCAAUCCUCACCGAGUCUGAACCCUUCAAGAAGAAAUGGGAAAGCUUAUCUAGUGAACUUCCUCAGCUUGAAGAUGCGAAGGUCAAAGCUGUGGACUCGCUUGAAGAGUCUAGGCAAGUUUGGGUUGGGUUUAAGGACAGACUCUCUUCCAUCUGAACUUCCUCAGCUUGAAGAUGCGAAGGUCAAAGCUGUGGUUUCUUUGUGUGGUUGGCAUUCUGUUUUUGUUUGUGGAUUAAAGUUUUCUUUGGAAAGUAGUGGGUAUGAAAGUGUGGGUAUGGUGUUGAAGGUGUUGAAUGAUUAGGAUAUGAAUAAUGCUCAGACUUUGAAUCUACAACUGUGAACUUUGUAGAAUUUCUUUUGUGGAAUGUAGUGAAGUUCACAUGAAUGAAAAUGCCAUGUUUCUGUUUUCAA